AUGACCGGAUCAGCUGAGCGGAAGCCGGAGUGUGAGGAGGCACUAUCAUCGGGCGACAUGUGUGUCUCCGCGGCUCGGGCUGGACCCUCAGCGAGAUGGCAUCCCGCCUGCUUCAACUGCACCACUUGCCAGGAGCUGCUGGUUGACCUGGUCUACUUCUGGAAAGACGGCCGACUUUACUGUGGCCGACAUCACGCCGAAAAUUUGAAGCCACGCUGCUCCGCUUGCGACGAGAUAAUACUAGCGGAUGAGUGCACGGAGGCAGAAGGUCGCGCGUGGCACAUGAAGCAUUUCGCGUGUGCAGAGUGCGCGCGGCAACUCGGCGGACAACGGUACAUCAUGCGGGAGGCGCGUCCGUACUGCCUGCCCUGCUUUGACAGCUGCUUCGCCGAGUACUGUGACGCUUGUGGUGAGCCUAUUGGUGUAGACCAGGGCCAGAUGUCGCAUGAGGGGCAGCACUGGCACGCCACAGAACGAUGUUUCGCCUGCCAUACCUGCCGCGCAAGCCUACUUGGUCGGCCUUUCCUCCCACGGAAAGGUGCAAUCUUCUGCUCUAUUGCAUGUUCCAAAGGUGAGCCACCGACACCAUCUGACUCAUCAGGACCGGGACCUCGCCCUAAUAGAGGUCCGAGACCAAGAAAAGUACCUUCACCGAAGUCACCACCGCGAACACCUCAGAGAGAGCCCUCCCCUCAUAUAGAUGCAGAUUCAGAACCAAGUGCGUCAUUAGCAACGUCAGAAAUGAUGCCCGAAUCGCCGCCUCCGCACCCACCACCACCGCCACAUGCUUGCCUUAGCCUUGAUAGAGCCCUUGCCGACCUAAGAUUAGAGCAAACGAUGACAGAUCACCAAAUACAAACAACGCCCAUCGAAGAAACAGAAGAAGACUGGAAGCCCCCUCACCCAGUUGAAGCCCAGGCCGUGGUCACCCCAGGACAUUCCACCUCAAUGCCAGAGCUGACUCUAGUAGAUGGAAAGAAACGAAAGCCGAGAGGUGGACGGACGGUUCGAUUUUGUGGAGACAACGAGGCAUUUGAACCAGAUGACCCUCCUAGAAGAGAGAAAGUGCGAGAUGAUGAUGCAAGCAGUUAUUGCAGCACGUGUUCCUCUUCAUCAUCAUCAUCGGAAUCAUAUACAUUGCCAACGAGACGCGCGUACGGCGGCGUCAGGAUCUCCUACGUGCCCAACGACGCAGUCGCCUGCGCGAAACGAGAACGGCAGAGAAAGAACCCACAUCACGAUAAAAAUUGUAUAAUUUCGUGA